CCUGGGCAGUGAUAGCAGCUCUCCUCGGUUUUUUGGUGCUGAAUACAGAAUAAAAGAAGAGGAAUUACCGGUUUUCUAAGACAGCAAGAGACAAAUCAUGGAUCCAGCAUUUGGGUCUGAAAAUCGCUGUCUUGAUUUGCUGCACAGUGAUAUUGAUCCAUUGCAUCUGUAUACCCUCCUUGAUCCUAAGUCAUCUGGAAAUGAAGAAGCUGACUUCUCUGCAGAUCCUGAAGUCGAUGUCAGCUCCUGUGAUCAGUUCAGUAAUACGGAUUUCCUAUGUACAAUGGAACAUGGCGAAAAUGGGGAGGAAUUGUAUCUCUGUUCCAACACCGUAGAAGCUUAUGCUAGAAUAGCUGAACUAGCAGAAUAUGUGCUCAAAGAUCAGCAAGAGAAGCAAAUGGAAGACACUUUUGCAGGGAACCUUAUUUUGGAUGAGACCACUGCUGAAAACACUGAGAAAUGUACUGACAUAAAGAUGCAGAAAUGUCACAAACGAACCUUCAUAGGCUCUGCAGAGAGUUGCUCUGAUGCUCCAGAACCCAAAUAUAAGAAAGUUGUGGAAGUCCCUGCAGUGUCUGCAAGCAGUGGCAGUUUCUUAGCUAUGCCUCUCAACAGCCAUCCAGCUGACUCCACCUCACUAACCAACCAGCACAUGUCCUUCUCUGUUCCUGCUACCAAUGCACUGGAAAGAAGUUUCUUAUUUCCUGGAUCUUCAGCACCUUUGAUGCCAGAGUGUCUACCUGUCAGCAUGAAAGGGAGCCAAGAGAAUACAGGCUUUAAAGAUCCUCCUCAGCAGAUACUUAAUUUAGUUCUUGGAAAUGGCACAUCUGAUGUUAUAAUAUAUCCAGUGCUGACAUCUUCCACUGAAACACUGAUAUCCUCAAGUUUUCCUGUUAGUUUAUGUGGUUUAGAAAUGUUCAGAGAAGUCCGAGUUCCCAUCAUUCCAUCUGAAGAACCUUUCAAAAGACCAAAGCCAGUGGAAGCUUUCUGUACGUCCCUUAGGGAUUAUUUCCGAGACAUCUGCAAAUCUGUGGCCUUGGAGCGUGAGAUAACUCUUGAUCACCUGUUUAUUGAUGGGACACUUGUUCAAAGCCAAACUGAAACCAAGACUGGGAAGAAUAGUGUAAAAGCAAUGGAAAAGGAACUGGUAACUUGCAGCCUGCGAGGCAAGGAAAAGGCAAGACUUAAAAUAAGCCAAAUAUUUCAAAUCCUAAGAGCCAAAGACUUAGACACUAAAGUGAUUGUGGUGCUGGGAAAAGCAGGAAUGGGCAAAAGCAUUCUUGUUCAGAAGAUCUGCCAGGACUGGUCCAAUGGAGAGUUUUCUCAGUUUGAAUUUGUAUUUUGGUUUGACUGCAAACAAAUAAGCUUACCUGAAAAAACAUACAACCUGAAGGAUCUGCUGCUUGAAUCUUUUGUAAAACCUCAGGAGGGGAGCAAAGAGAUCUUUGACUAUAUAUUGCAAAACCCUGCUAAAGUCCUUCUGGUUUUUGAUGGGUUUGAAGGGUUGCAUGAUCAUGAGAAUCUUCCUCGUUGCUCAGCCAGCCAGCCUGAAAAAGACUUGUAUAGCAUAAAGGAGCUGCUUUCAGGACUCAUCCAAAAAAAGAUACUAAAUGGUUGUACUUUAUUACUUACAGCAAGACCAAAAGACAAGGUGUACCAGUAUGUGUCCAAAGUGGACAAGACAAUUGAAAUAGAAGGAUUUUCCCCUCAGCAGAGAGAAUUGUUCAUAACCAAAUACUUUGAAGGAUUACCUUACUGUGAUAAUGCACUGAAAUUAAUCAAAGAGUGUGAGUACUUGUUCAGUCAUUGUUACAGCCCUGUUAUGUGUAGAUUUGUUUGUUUUCUCUGUGAGACAGUACUUGAAAUGGGAGGCGAGAGCCUUCCUUCAACUCUUACUACACUCUUCUUGAAAUUCAUUCAGCAAAAGAUAAUACCUACUCAAGCAGAUGCUUCAGCCAUGCAAAAUCAAGAGAGUCUUGCCACCCUAGCCCGUAUAGCCUGGUGUCUUGGGGAAAAGCACCAAAGUGCCAUAAAAAGUGAUCUUCUGCCUUCUAAAGAAAUAAAAGAGUUUGCUCUGAAAUAUGGAUUUCUCCUGCCAUUUGCAUUGCCAGGACAUCCAGAUAGUGGAGAAGAGGAAUUUGGGAGCACAUUCUCUGAUUUUGUCAUUCAGAAUUUCUUGGGUGCCCUUCACCUUACGUUAGCAGAGGAGAUCAAGGAUAAAAACCCAACAAAGUACCUGUCUUUUCCAUCCAAGAAGAAAAAACCUUACAAAUGGUUAGAUUUAGUGCCUCGAUUUUUGUCUGGAUUGUUGUUCCUCCAGGAUGACCCCUGCUUCUGCUCCCUUUCAAAUGAAGACAUAAAACAACCAACCAAGAAGCAGAAAACACUCUUAAAAUAUAUUCGAAGGCUGCAGAUAAAUGAGCUGUGUCCAGAGAGGCUACUCGAGCUUUUACAUUGUAUUUAUGAAUCACAAAGCAAUUAUCUUUUGCAGCACAUGGCCUUAAGGCUCAAGACAGAUUUGUCUUUUCUGGGCAUAGUUCUUACACCACCUGAUGUCCAUGUACUGCACUCGAUUUUAAAAAGGUCAAGAAAAGAGAUUUCCUUGGAUUUACGAAACAGCAGCAUUGACGUGCAAGGGCUGAAAGACUUGGUUGGCUUAAAGAACGUGGCGUCGUUCAGGGCCUCCCUCGGUGAUACUGUUAGGCUCUGGAAAUCUUUAGAACAGACAAAAGACUACGAACUGCUGAGAGCGUCAACAGAGAAAUUUGUUCUUGAUCCCUUCAAGGCAAAGACAAUGAAGGACAUCAGUGAUCUCUCAGAGCUUGUAGAGAUGCAGGAGAAGAUGAUCAACUGUGUGGAAGAUGCAUCUGGCUGCAGCUGCUAUGAAAUUCCUGCCAUCAGAAACCUCAGGAAAAUAGAAUUUGCGCUGGGUCCAGAAUGUGGCCUUCAGGGAUUCCUAAAGCUCGUGAAAAUUCUUGCAGCGUUUCCAUCACUGCAGCAUUUAGACCUUGAUGCUCUGAGUGAAAAUGGCAUAGGAGAUGAAGGAGCAAAGAGCCUAUCUGAAGUCUUUUCAACCCUGAAAUCACUGAAAACAUUAAACUUAUCACAGAAUAAGAUAACAGAUGUGGGGGCGGAGAAACUAGCCACAGCUCUUCCUUCCUUGUCUUCAUUACAGACACUAAGCUUAUACAAUAACAGCAUUUGUGACUUUGGAGCAGAAAAUCUUGCAAAAGUUCUUCCUGAGAUGACAUCCUUAAGAGUGCUCGAUGUUCAAUAUAACAAAAUAACUGGUGUUGGAGCCCAGCAGUUGACUGACAGCCUACGAAAAUGCCCCCAUAUAAAGAACUUGCUGAUGUGGAAUCCCACCAUUCCCUAUGGAGUUCUCGAACACCUUCAGCAGCUGGACUCCAGGAUCAGUGUGUAGACUCAGAUGAUCCCAUAAAGGGUAUGAUAAAGAAGAGGGGGAGGUGUCCUCUGUGUUUUCCUGUCUUCUUGCAGCUUUAUGAAUCAGUGACUGAUUUUCAUGCUAGUGGCAAAAUGAAAAACAAAGUCCCAUUUCAGCUUCUGAGUGAUGUGUGAAGUGGGCAAAUGGUGGAGUUCACUUCUUUUAGAGGUCAUUUAAAAUGCCAUUCAAAGACCAAGCUGUGUUUCUGCUGAAGUGAUGAGGAGUUAAGCAAUGUCAAGUUUCAAAGACAAAAAGAGCUUAUGGAUAUUGUGAUCAUCAUUAAAGGUGACCAGUAAUCACCAGGAUGCUGAUAGUAUAAAAUUCCAUCACUGAUUCAUCAAAGAGUAAACUGCAAGCUGCUGGACCUGCAACAUCUGAAAUAGUGCCAGAUCAAAACUAAUUGCUCCGUGGUGCCAGUGGUAACUGCAACCAAAGUCACUCUGAUGAUUUUUGGCUUUCCAAAGCUCGCUGUUACAGAUUUCACCUGUCUGUAUGGACUGAUUUGAAGCAUUAGGGUCAGGAACAUAAAUAAGAAUGAUCAGUCUUAGAAAACAGUCUGCAAUUGUAAGAUUACCCACAGGAAUCUGCAACUGGCUCUUUUCUUGAUGCUAAUCACUAAUGUUGUCUUAAGGGAUGGGAAGAUAUUUUCUAUCACUCUCUUAUUACAGAAUCCUUCAGAAAGCUUGAGGGGGAAAAAAAGGAAAAAGUAAGGAAAAGAAAGGAAUUUAAAUUGCAAAACUAGUAAGGAUUUUUCUGACAUCACCACAGAAAUCCAAAUGCUUACAAAAAGCUUCAGUUUAUUGCACAAAAAUCCUGAAAGUGACAAUCUUCAAAGGUUUUUACUCUCACAAGUGAAACCUUGAAAUUCAUAUACCUGGAUUUGGUUUCUCACUUGCAGGUGGCAGCGAAAAUGUAGAAGCUUUGAUUUGAUACUUGACAGUGAAAUCACUACUGUGGGUGCUUUAUGUGGCUGCCUUUUACAGAGUUAUUCAUGAAUAACUGUGCAAUGACAGACAAACCUGAUCUAGGUUGACCUGCUUCUGCAGGGAGGUUGGAUUGGAUGAUCUCUAGAGGUCCCUUUCAACCCCUACCAUUCUAUGAUUCUAUGAUUUCAAAGUGUUACCAUAUGUCUGUGCUGCUGGUCUCAAGGAUAUGUGGGCCAAACGUGGUCCUGCUGACUGUGACGGCAAACAAGUUGUGUCUUAUUUUCUUUUAUUGUAUUUCAGCUCUAUGAAUGUGGAAAAAACUCCCAAUUGUACAGAGAUAAUUGUGUGGACCAGCUCCCUGUCCAGAUACAGGAUAGAGCCAGAAAACCAAAAAGGGAUGGAAACAGCUAGGAAUAUUCAGUAUGCCACAAAUUGGGAAGGGAGGUCUCUACUUCAGAGUGAGCUCAGGAUUAGCUCAACAACCUCAUUAAAAUCUCUUCUCCCAGGAAGCAGACAACACUGACCUAAGGAUCUGUGCAAACCAGAAUCUCUCAACUAACCUCUCAAAUACUCUGCUACUUGGUUUUUAAAAAGUCUCCAAUUCAAGCAGUUCAAACCCACAGUCUUUAUGUUCUUUCCAGCAAAUUAGACUUCUCUGUUAAAGUUUCAGUGCCUACAGAAUCUUGACAGCAGAGAUAGAGAGUGGACAAAUUAAAGAUGGCCUGGUUUGUCAUUUCUGUUAAUUAAAGGAGAGCAGGAAAUCAGACGUGCUAUGUGAGGGAAGCAGUACAAGAGAGCAAGGUGGGAAAACUCCACAGGGAAUAUGAUUGCAGCUAGAAACUGGUAUUUUUCUUAACUAUCUGCAUGGUUGUCCUCUCUAGCCAAACUCUAGCCAUAGAGUCAGGGAAAAAAAAGUCUCUUCCAGCUGCAUGAAUGGGAGACAGUUUGAGCCAGAUCUUGCGGGAUAUUGCCAUCAGCUUGCAGCACUCCAGCCAUGAGCCCUUGUCCAGGCUUCCCUUAACUGUGCUUUGGAUGACAAAUGCCCCUUUAGGAAUACAUUCUGCAGCUACACUUCAACUAUGACUGAACCUGAGAAUGUGCUAAAUAUUACACAGGCAGCUGAAUGUUACAGGACCCUGUCUGGGCUGAAAAUGAUGUUGGGUGUACUGCUGUUCUCCUCUGAGUUAGUGGGAGAUGCACGUUUAUAAUGUACAGAUUGUAAAUUGUGAUACAGUGUUUUGGUUGUCUUUAUAGAGCUUUUUUAAAGUAUUAAUAAAAGUGAGUAUUCUUUUUUACAGUA